GACAGCUCAACGUAUGAAAAGAAAAUACCUGACAGAAACAUCACCGGCGGUGUUUAUUUUGUUUCACAGCUUUAGUUUACUUUCCACGUCUUACAUUUUUUCCCCCAGAGCUGAAAGAUAAUCUCACAAAUUAAACAGAAUGAGAUUCCAGUUACAAUCAAAUUUUGUGUUGAUAUUAUCAUUUGUAAUUUUCUCUACUGCAACCAUAGCACCGCCCGACAAAAGUAAAAAAGCAGCAAAACCAGCCAAAGAAGUAAAAGUGAACAAGGGACCAGUUGACCGGAAUGUGUUCGAUAGGAAUUUAGUUGUAGAUGAACCAGACAGCCAAUCAAUAAUCAAGGAAUGUGGUACAUAUUACAAAAACACCUCUGCCAGGCUAUUUGAUGGUCUAACGCUUGGCUUCGUCACACCGUGGAACAAUCAUGGGUAUGACAUUGCGAAGACAUUUGGAGCCAAGUUUGAUAUUAUAUCACCUGUUUGGCUUCAAGUAGAGCACAAGGGAAAGCACAAAUAUGAAAUCAGUGGAACACACGAUGUUGACGCUAAAUGGAUUCAAGAUGUACGAAGAACGGGACCACCAGGGAAGAAAGUUUUACCCCGUGUCAUGUUCGAGCGCUUCAGUGAGACCGACUAUUCACAUGUUUUAAUGUAUGAGAGCGCACGAGAUGAGAUUGCCGAUUUGCUGGUUAAAGUAUGCAAAGAUCCCCGGCAUAAAUUUGAUGGAAUCGUUCUUGAGGUAUGGUUUCAAUUGGCUGGCCGCGUACAAGACAAACAUUUACUUCGACUUGUUGAACACUUGGCCAAGGUGCUCCAAGUGAAUGGUCUUGAAACGGUGUUGGUGGUGCCUCCAAUCCGUGAUCAAAUGGAUUUCUUCUCAAGAAAACAUUUCGAAGCGUUGUAUCCGUUGAUUAGUGCAUUUUCGUUGGUGACCUACGAUUAUUCAAACAUCGAACGCCCCGGAGCAAAUUCGCCAGUCAAAUGGAUUAGACAGACUGUUGAACACAUUUGCCCCGAUACACUUCAGAAUUUUAGAGAGAAGCGGCAAAAACUGUUGAUCGGAAUGAAUAUGUAUGGUAUGGAUUAUACUUUAUCUGGCGGUGGACCCAUCACAGGACGACAGUUUUUGGAUUUAUUGAAAUUGUACAAAGGGUCUCUCAAUCAUGCCGAAGAAGAUGAAGAGAAUUAUUUUGAAUUCAAAAAACCGAGCAAACACAUGGUGUUCUAUCCAACACUAUACUCAAUCAAUAAGCGCAUCGAACUCGCUCGUGAGCUAAACACGGGUUUGGCAUUAUGGGAAAUGGGCCAAGGCUUGGAUUAUUUCUAUGACCUUUUCUAAGGAAUUUCAGCACAAACAAACAAAACACACCUGAUUUUUAGUUGAUUCAAACAUUUUUUUAUUUGUUUAAUUGCAAAAUACGCACGGCAUUCCAAUCAAAUCGAGAUUUGUGAAAUGAAAUGAUAUCGCAUUUAAAACAGCAAAACUCUUACGCAUUUUAAAGCAACCAAGACGAUAACAAUCAAAGACUUUUACGGCGCAAAUAAGUAUUUCGCACGAGUAUUUAUCAGCAAACUGUAAACCGAUCAAAAUGUCUCUAGUCGAACAGAAUAAAAUAAAUUUACGCACAUGCAACAA